AUGGAGGCGGACGGUAUCCAGCAUACAACCAGAUCGAUGCAGAAAGAUGAGUCCGCGGGUAUUGCUAGAGAAAUCCAGCAAGAAACCAAUGAUGUGCGAAUCUCUGAAAGGCGCAUCCUCUUAAAGUGCGACCUCAACUUGUUGCCGAUGCUGUCGCUGCUGUUUAUGUGUACGAUUCUUGACAGAGUCAAUAUCGCAAAUGCCCGGAUACAAGGCCUGGAGAAGGAUCUCCACAUGCAUGGCCAGGACUUCAAUGUCGUCCUGUUUGUCUUCUUCAUCCUGUACAUCUUACUAGAAGUCCCUGCGAAUAUCCUGAUCAAGCGGAUUCGACCGUCACUUUUGCUGAGCCUCUCAGUCUUCACCUUCGGUAUCGUGACCAUGUGUCAGGGUUUGACAAGAUCGUACGCAGGCCUCGUUGUCUGCAGAGUCAUCCUCGGCGGUCUUGAGGCGGGUGUCUACCCGGGGUCGAUCUACUUGAUGACAAUGUUUUAUAAGAGGCACGAGUUUCAGUGGAGGAUGAACAUUUUCUACGGCUCUUCCCUUGUCACGGGAGCUUUCAGUGGCCUUCUCGCCUACGCGAUCGCUCAUAUGGACGGAAUCUCCGGCUACAGCGGCUGGAGAUGGAUCUUGAUCAUAGAAGGGUUAAUUACCAUUGUGGUGGCGAUCCCAGCGUACUGGAUCCUCCCCGACUGGCCAGAGACGGCAAAAUUCCUCACCGAAGACGAACGACAGUUCUGGGCGCAGAGGCUGGCAUCAGACAUAAAAAGCAUCGAGAUGAACAUUUUGAACAAGCAGUCGAUCAAGCGUUGCCUCGCUGACGUCAAGAUUUGGAUUGCAAGUUUCGCAUACCUCUGCAUAUUGACGACCAGUUAUGGGUUUGCAUACUUCCUACCCACAAUACUCUUGGAAUUGGGCUGGACCUCGACCAAAGCCCAAGUGAUGACGAUCCCCCUCUAUGCUGUCGGGACCGUGGUAUGCUUGAGCUGCGCUUUCCUGUCCGAUUACCUCAAACACCGAUUCUUGUUCGUCUUCGGUGGAUGUAUCCUCGCCAUCAUCGCAUAUGCCAUUUUGUUGUCAUACUUUUCGGUAUCAGUUGGAGUGCGUUAUUUUGCCCUCUUUAUCCUCGAAAGCGGCAUCGUCGUGGCGCAGCCAGGGAUUGUAGGAUGGUUGAGCAACAAUCUUGGCGGCAAUUACAAGCGUGGGGUGGGAAUCGCGAUGCAAUUAGCUAUCGGAAACAUUGGUGGCAUCGUCGGGAGCAACAUAUAUCUCAAGUCGCAAGCUCCAACAUAUCCAGUUGGUUUCGGAACGGGCGUGGGGCUUCUCUCUGCCGGAGCACUGGCUUCGUGCAUUCUCUUGUGGUAUCUCAGACGAGAGAACAUGCUGCGGGAGAAGGGUCUGAGGGACUAUCGGUACAAUCUCCCAGAGGCCGAGCUCAAUAAUCUGGGUGACGAUCACCCUGCCUUCAGGUUCUCUUACUAA